AUGAAAAUGAAUUUUAGUUACAUCACUCCUGUUCCUCAGAACACUGCUCUUAUUGAUAUAGCACUUAGUAAGACACAAAGAAGAUCUCCUACCGUAGUUCACCCACAGUAUUCAAUUGUAAGAAUAAGAAAAUUUUAUAUGCAUAAAGUGAAAAAAGCAGGAGAAGAAUUUAAAAUGCGACUGGAAACAAUAACUUCAGAAUUUCCACGCCUUGAAGAUAUACAUCCUUUUUACGCAGAUUUAAUAAAUGUGUUAUAUGAUAGAGAUCAUUAUAAGCUUGCACUUGGACAUGUCAGUUCUACUAAAAAAGUUAUAGAAGGAAUUGUUAAAGAAUUUGUUAAGCUUUUGAAAUACGGAGAUACACUUUAUAGAUGUAAACAACUUAAAAGAGCAGCUUUAGGUAGAAUGGCAAGUUCUUGUAAAAAGUUAGAUAAAACACUUAAAUAUUUAGAAGAAGUUAGAAUGCACUUAGGAAGGCUUCCUUCUAUUGAUCCAAAUUCAAGAUCUUUACUUAUCUGUGGAUUUCCAAAUGUAGGAAAAAGUUCUUUUAUUAAUAAAAUUAGUAGAGCAGAGGUAGAAGUUCAACCCUACGCUUUUACAACUAAAAGUCUUUAUGUAGGACAUUUUGAUUAUAAUUAUCUUAAUUGGCAAGUCAUUGAUACACCUGGAAUAUUAGAUCAUGAAUUAGAAGACAGAAAUACAAUUGAAAUGUUAUCUAUCACUGCGCUGGCCCACAUUAAGGCUGUGGUUCUAUAUUUCUUUGAUUUAAGUGGGAAUUGUGGGCACACCAUAGAAGGGCAAAUUUCUUUGUUCAAAACAUUAAGUCCUUUAUUGGAUUCUAAAAUAGUUAUUGUGCUUAGUAAAUGUGAUUUACAAAAACUAGAGGAAGUGGAUGAUAUGAAGGAUAGAGAACUAUUGAAUAUUUUUUUAGAAGACAGAGUUUAUAUUGAAAUUAGUACUAAAGAUGAAUACAAUGUAGAAAAAGCAAAAAAAUUGGCAUGUGAUAUUUUAUUAGAAGAACGAGUUGGUAGAAAAAUAGAAAAUGAGAGGAUAAAAGAAUAUAUUAAUAGAAUUACAAUGUUAAAAUCUAAAUAUAAAAAAGAAAAAGAACCAUCUUUUGACAUCAAAAGAACAAUAGAAGAAAUCGGAAAUGAACAGGAGAGAUAUUUUGUAAAAGAUGAAUAUAAGUAUGAUAUUAUACCAGAAAUUAUGAAUGGCAAAAAUUUUUGUGAUUUUAUCGAUGAAGAUAUUGUAAGGAAAUUAAAUGAAAUUGAAGAUGAAGAAGAUAAAAUGUUUGCGGUGUAUUCUAAGAAUUAUGACAUACUUACAAAAGAUCAAAGAGAAGAUAUGAAAAAAAUUUAUGAUAAAAUAGAAGAGAAAAAAAUUGAGAGAGAACUAAGAAAGACUAACAAAGUUCCUAAACAAAAGAAAAUUAAUAGAAGAGAGACACAGAUUGUUAAAGUAAAUCGUAGGGAUAGGAUUCCUGUACAUUUAGCGAAUGAUAAAAAGCCAGAUAGAUCUAAGGAAAAAUCUAGAUUUGAUACUAAAGGGCAUUACGAAAGAAAACCUAAACAUUUUUACAGAUUUAAAGGUAAAAAUAAUAGAAGAUAA